AUGGCUGCUCAAAAAAAUUCUCGGGAGCGCAGGGAGCUGGUCCUGCUGUGCUUUUUUCUGGGAUCGCUGUGGGAGACCGGGAGUGGGCAGAUCCGCUACUCAGUGCCAGAAGAGACAGACAAAGGCUAUGUCGUGGGCAACAUCUCCAAGGAUUUAGGGCUAAAGUCUCCAGGGCUGGCGGAGUACGGAGUCCGCAUCGUCUCCAGAGGUAACACCCAGCUCUUUGCCUUGAACCCGAGUCAGGGCAGCCUGGUGACUGUGGGCAGAAUAGACCGUGAGGAGUUGUGCGCCCAGAGUGCGCGCUGCGUCGUGCAAAUUAACAUCCUGGUUGAGGAUAGAGGGAAACUUUUUGGCGUUGAAAUAGAAAUUACUGAUAUAAACGAUAAUGCUCCAAAAUUCCAAGCUGAAAACCUGGAAGUAAAAAUUAAUGAAAUCGCCGCUCCAGGAGCUCAUUAUCCGCUCCCAGAAGCCAUCGACCUGGAUGUGGGCGCGAAUUCCCUCCAAGGCUACCAGCUCAGUCCCAGUCACCACUUCUCCCUGGAUGUGCAAACUGGGGACGCUGGAACUCUAAACCCAGAGCUGGUGCUGGAGCGCGCCCUGGACCGGGAGCGGGAGGCCGCUCACCACCUGGUCCUCACGGCCUUCGAUGGCGGCGACCCGCGUCGCUCCAGCACCGUGCGCAUCCGCGUGACCGUGAUGGAUACAAACGACAACGCGCCAGUGUUUGCUCAACCGGUUUACCGGGUCAAAGUCCCAGAGAACGUGCUCCCAGGCAGCCGGCUGCUGACUGUAAAAGCCACGGACCCGGAUGAGGGGAUCAAUGGGAAAGUGACAUACAAAUUCCGGAAAAUUAAUGAAAAACAAUCUUCCUUAUUCCAGCUUAAUGAAAAUACUGGGGAGAUAGCAACAGCAAAAAGUCUAGAUUAUGAAGAGUGUACUUUUUAUGAAAUGGAAAUACAAGCUGAAGAUGUGGGGCCUCUUUUGGGGAGGACAAAAGUACUCAUUUCCGUGGAAGAUGUAAAUGACAAUAGGCCCGAAGUGAUGGUUACAUCUUUGUUUAGCCCAAUCCUGGAAAGUUCUCUUCCUGGAACCAUAAUUGCCUUCUUGAAUGUGCAUGACAGAGAUUCCGGGAAGAAUGGUCAAGUUGUUUGUUCCACAGCUGAUGAUCUGCCUUUUAGGUUAGAAAAAUCAAUAGACAAUUACUAUAGGCUAGUUACAUGGGAAUAUUUGGAUCGAGAAAGAGUCUCUAUGUACAAUAUCUCAGUGAUGGCUUCAGACCUAGGAACUCCGCCUCUGUCUACUGAAAUUCACAUCGCCCUGCACGUGUCUGACACCAAUGACAACCCCCCAGCCUUUCUUCACACCACCUACUCUGCCUAUAUUCCCGAAAACAACCCCAGAGGCGCUUCCAUCUUCUCGGUAACUGCGCACGACCCGGACAGCGAGGCGAACGCCCGGAUCACGUACUCCCUGGCAGAGGACACCCUGCUGGGGGCGCCGCUCUCCUCCUACAUCUCCAUCAACUCUGACACCGGGGUCAUCUAUGCGCUCCAGUCCUUUGACUAUGAGCAAACUCGAGACUUGAAGCUACAGGUGACAGCCAGAGACAGCGGGGACCCUCCGCUCAGCAGCAACGUGUCGCUCAGCGUAUUUGUACUGGAUCAGAAUGACAACGCACCCAAAAUCCUGUACCCCGCUUUUCCCACCGAUGGUUCCACCGGCGUGGAGCUGGCGCCUCGCUCCGCAGAGCCCGGCUACCUGGUGACCAAGGUGGUGGCGGUGGACAGAGACUCGGGUCAGAACGCCUGGCUGUCCUACCGCCUGCUCAAGGCCAGCGAGCCAGGGCUGUUCGCGGUGGGGGUGCACACGGGCGAGGUGCGCACUGAGCGGGCCCUGCAGGACAGAGAUGCGCUCAAGCAGAGCCUGGUGGUGGCCGUCCAGGACCACGGCCAGCCCCCUCUCUCAGCCACUGUCACGCUCACCGUGGCUGUGGCCGACAGCAUCCCCGAUGUGCUCGCUGACCUGGGCAGCCUGGAGCCCUCCCACGACUCUGAUGCCUCCGACCUCACGCUGUACCUGGUGGUGGCCGUGGCUGUGGUCUCCUGUGUCUUCCUCGCCUUUGUCAUUGUGCUUCUGGCGCUCAGGCUGCGCCGCUGGCACAAGUCGCGUUUGUUUCAGGCUGAGGGAGGUGAGUUGGCAGGUGUGCCCGCCUCUCACUUUAUGGGCAUCAAUGGGGUACAGGCUUUCCUUCAGACUUAUUCCCACGAAGUGUCCCUCACCGCAGACUCAGGGAAGAGCCACGUUAUCUUUCCUCAGCCCAAUUACGCGGACACGCUCAUCAGCCAAGAGAGCUGUGAGAAAAACGAUCCCUUGUUAACAUUCAUAGAUUUCCACGAAUGUAAGGAUGAAGCCACUGGUGGUCAGGUGAGUUCAGGUCUUGGUUAUUAUUUUUAG